UGUUCACAGAUGGGAAUGCGUGCAUCGUGUUUAGCCACGGAGAGUAAUAUGUAACUCAACGAAGCAAGAGGCGAUAUGGACCAUUAAUACCCCGUCUGAUGGUGUCUUUUGUUUCCGCUCGUGGACGACUAUCUCAUUAAGUCGUAUUUUCUACUGAAGCUCGAUAAUGUAGUUCAUGUUAAAGGACAUGACCAAAGUAAACAUACACUACUAGUUCAAUUAUUUUUUCAAAGCGCCGGAGUUUAUUACUUCCUUUUACAAAUGAAAAGAAACGACUACUGUAUCAACGCAAUAAGUGAGUUAUAAAGCAUGGAGAUCGAUGGCCGGGAUUUCCUGAACACCCCUCCUACGAAGACCGUACGGUUCGGAGGGAGUGUUGUUGCUACGUUAGCUAAAUACAAACAGGGCGACUUGCAACAGUACGAACUGCUGAAGCACCAGUUGUCAGAUCCAGAUAUCAAGGAUGGGCAGAUCAUAAAUUGGCUACAAGAGUUUCGUAGUUGUGUGACAUUGCUCGGCAAGGACCAUGAACAUCUUAUCCACACAAUUUUGAGGUUGCCCUGGCUGGGCCGUAGUCCUGCCGUCAUAGAGGAGUACCUCGCCUUCCUGGGGAACCUGGUGUCAGCCCAAACAGUCUUCCUCUGUGCUUGCCUCAAAAUGGUUGUUUCCCACUUCAUUCCCAAGAGAGUUAAAAUCUGUGAAGGCGGUGUGGACAUCUCGGAUUCAGACGAUGAUGAAGAUGAAAACCUUGCCAGGACCUUCGGCCACUGCCACCAGGCCCUGCAGGUCAUCCUCAGAUACGUCCCGUCCACGAGUCACUUCCUGGUGCCCAUUUUAAAUGAGAAGUUCCCGUUCGUGCAGAAGUCCUCCAGAACCUUGGAGUGUUAUGUCCACAACCUUCUGAGGGUGACUGUGUACAUCCCAACCAUUCAGAGAGAUGUCUUGGAAAUUGUCAUUGGAAAGAUGCUGAAAAUAGACGUGAGCGCACCACGGGCAUCGAUCGAGGAGGCAGAGGAGAGAAGCAUGCAGCACCGGAGCGAGCUCACCGAGGAAGGACUCUUCGACAUGGACGAGGACGAGGCUGGAGAGCAGGGCUCGGGGCUGACCGCCCACCCCAUGGCCGAGAAGCUGGACUCCCUGAUGAUGGUGACCAUGAGCUACAUCAGAGACAGCUGCCUGCCCAAGGGCGCGCUGGACGUGGAGAGGACCAAGGAGCUGUUCAGAGACCUGUUGUCCAUCUUUGACAAGCUCAUCCUGCCCACGCACGCCUCGUGCCACGUGCAGUACAUCCUCUUCUACCUCUGCAGCUUCAGGGUGGCGCUGGCCGAGGCCUUCCUGGAGCACUUGUGGAAGGUGUUCCAGAACCCGUCCUUCGCCCCCGUGCUGCGGCAGGCUGCAGCGGGCUACAUCGGCAGCCUCCUGGCCCGGGCCAGCUUCCUGCCCGUGGUCACGGUCCGAGCGUGCGUGGACCUCCUGGUGCAGUGGAUCCACGGCUACAUCGACAGCCUGGACGCCGGCGGCCGCCAGGCCUGCUGCGACGUCACGCUGCACGGGCCCUUCUACACGGCGUGCCAGGCCGUGUUCUACGCACUCAUCUUCAGGCACCGCGCCAUCCUGGAGGUCAACAUGAAGAAAGGUCUGGCCUAUCUUCAGGGUCUGAACCUUGAGCGUGUUGUGAUGUGUCAGCUGAACCCGCUUAACGUCUGCCUGCCGGCCGUCAUCAACCUCUUCGCUGCCUUCACCAGGAAGUACCAGGUGGCGUUCUGCUACACGGUCAUAGAGAAGAACAACCGCCAGAUGCUGCCGGUGGUCCGCAGCUCCAACGCGGGGGGCUCGGUGGCCACCAACACCAACCCCCUGGACAGCUUCUUCCCCUUUGACCCCUACCUGCUCAAGAGGUCCAGUAGUGUCAUCCAGCCCCUGUACCAGGUGUGGGAGGAGGCUGAGGACUCGGAGGAGGGGGUCGCCCAACGGGAGACACUGCGAUCGAUGGACGAAGAGGACGACUUCCUCAACAAGGAGACCCCCCACUCGGACCCCCGGAUCAUGGGCAUGACCCCUGGCUCCUACGACCGGGCCUUCCCCUGCAGCCCCUGCAGUGUGGGCUCCCCGCCCGUGGGCUUUCCCUGAAGGCGUUGGUGGACCAGCGCCCCCUCACAGACUGACUGAGGACGGCUGCUGACGGCUGAGUGCUGCCUGUGUGCCCCCCCCCCCCGUUGAGCCGCGGGCCUGCAAGUGGGUUUGGUUUUAUUUAUUCUGGUCGAGGUGUGAGCGUCACACUUGGAGAACGGGAACGCUGUGGGUCAAUAAGAGACGGAUCGUGUUAUUUUAGAUGUGUCUUUAGCUGCGGUCGCUGUAGACACAUCGUCGGAGAACGAUGCCACGUUGUUUAAACAAUGGCUUAUUUCUACGUCUUCUAUCGAAACCUGGGAACCUUUGUGUUCAAAAAGGUGUGCGGUAACUAUUGGGCUUUCAUCUGCUUUAUAUGUUUAUAAGUUCUAAUUAUAAAAAUAAAAAAGUAAUUUUAUUCACUCA